AGCAAACCCUUCCUUCCAGAAGCAUGGUUAUUGCUUAUAUGCUCUCGUCGAUGCUUUUUUCUUGUCACCGACUCUUGGAUCGUUGACGAAAUUUGCAUAUCUACACUUCCAUUAUCGUCCUCUGGGUUUCUGAUUAGUAAUAUUGGCAUUUGGGGGGUUAGUUCGAUAUGGUUAUGAUGAAGGAUAACGGUGAAGAGUUUCCAAAGAAGCUGCAACUUUACUCUUUUUCCACGAGCCCCCCUUCCUUUAGUGUUCGAAUUGCUCUCAAUUUAAAAGGGCUUGAUUAUGAAUACAAAGCUGUUAAUCUGUUCAAAGGAGAGCAGCAUAGGCCAGAGUUUUUAAAGAUCAAUCCUAUUGGGUUCAUACCUGCUCUCAUGGAUGGCGAUAUGGUGCUUGCUGAUUCUUUUGCGAUCAUAUUGUACCUCGAAGAGAAGUACCCUCAACAUCCUUUGUUACCUUGUGACCUUGCAAAAAGGGCAAUAAAUUAUCAGGCUGCAAACUUUGUUUGUUCAAGCAUACAACCUCUUAUAAGGUUACCAAUUUUGAAAUACAUCGGAGACAAUGUUGGUCUUGAGGAAAAAGUACCAUGGGUUCAUAAGCAUGUUGGAAAAGGCUUUACAGCGCUGGAGAAGUUAUUAAAAGAUCAUGCUGGGAAGUACGCAACUGGUGAUGAAAUUUUUCUGGCUGAUGUGCUUCUGGCUCCAUAUAUCGUUGGUUAUCUACAAAGAUACAACUUUGAUAUGAGCGAGUACCCUCUUCUUUCCAGGUUGGCAGAGGCAUACAAGCAGGUACCUGCUAUCCAAGAUGCCAUGCCUGAAAAGCAGCCAGAUUUCCCCAUCAAUUGAGGGAAGAAAGGUAAAAGGAACCAUUUUGCACUCUAACUAUUGUAUUACAACAAUAGGUUAGUAGUUGAUCAAAUAAUAAAAUAGUGAUCUUAUGAUCAAAAAUGUAAUUCGUAAAUGAUGUAUUUACGAAGCUACGAUGCUAUAAUUAUUUAGUAGGUGAAGAAUCGUGUGAGAAGGAAAGUUAUUCUGAGAAGCGUAAGGAGAGAUUUGAACGUUUGAUCACUUUUAAUCUCAUGUGCACUCAUAAAUUGCACU